AUGGCCGCCUCGCGCCGGAGCCCUCCUCGCGUCGCCGGCCGCCGCGCGCUCAGGGGCCGCGAGAGGUCCCGGGCCGCACGGAAGACCGGCCCACCGGCCACACUGCGCAGGCGCAACCGGGCCCGCGCAGGUAUUCUGGGAGCCAAGGCGACUGAGGGAGGCCCCGGCUCGCCGGAGGGCGCGGGCGGUGGGCGGGGCCCGGCUGCGCCGCGCCGUGUGCACGUGACCACCAGGGCUCCGGGGAUUGGGCAGGCCCAAGCGGCGCCACGUCGGCGCGGCCGCGGGCUUCGCCGACUGUCUGACGGAAAUGUGCGUGUGAGGGCUGUUGCUGGCCAGACUGGGUGCAGGCGCGCAUGCGCUUCAGGGAGCCUUGUCGCCACUUACUCCGGGUUAGGUGAGCCGGGCUUCCCGCCCUCAGGCUGUGUACACAUCGAGAAGGCAGACAUUUACUUCCUUAUUGACGGGUCUGGCAGUAUCCACCAAGACGACUUUCUCGCAAUGAAGGUGUUCAUGAAUGGGGUGAUAAGCAUGUCCCACGUUGGACCCGACGGAGUCCAGUUUGGAGUCGUUCAGUACUCGGAUGAAGUCAGUCGUCAGCUUACCCUCAGCCAGCGCUCCAGUGUGGCGGGGCUGGAGGUAGCCGUUGACAGCAUCCGGCGGAAGAGAGGGGCCAGCAGGACAGGUGAGGCCCUGGGCAGCAAGAUCCAGGUCUUUGCAGACACUGCUCGCAGCAGCGUGCCUUGGUAUCUCAUCGUUGUCACCGACGGCAGAUCUGUGGACCCGGGGGCUGACACUGCAGAGGUGCUGAGGGGCCAUGGAGUCACCAUUUAUGCAGUUGGAGUCAGAGAUGCUAAUAUUGUUGAGCUUCAAGAGAUCGCUGAAGACAGAAUGUUUUUUGUGCGAUUUGAGUCCUUGAAGGCCAUCCAACAAGAAGUGGUACAAGACAUUUGUUCCUCAGAGACCUGUAAGAGUAAGAAAGCUGACAUUAUCUUCCUGAUGGAUGGUUCAGAAUCUGUCUCGCCAAAAGACUUUGAAAAGAUGAAGGAGUUCAUGAAGCAAAUGGUCAAACAAUCUAAUAUUGGUGCUGAUGAAAUUCAGAUUGGCCUCCUGCAAUUCAGCUCAGACCCCCAGGAAGAAUUCAGGCUCAACCGAAAUGCCUCAAAGGUGGACGUUCACAGAACCAUCUCAGAUGUUAUGCAAAUCAGCGGUGGCACAUACCCUGGGAAAGCUCUGAACUUCACUCUGACUGUUUUUGGGAGUUCAAGAGGAGGGAGGCCCAGUGUGCAUCCAUAUUUGAUUGUGGUCACUGAUGUCUCCCGGGACAAUGUAGCUAUACCAGCCAAGGACCUGAGGGACAGAAACAUAAUUAUUUUUGCCAUUGGGGUGGGUCAAGUCAAAUUCUCUCAGCUUUUGGAGAUCACUAGUGACCAGAGCAAAGUGUACUAUGAAGAAAAAUUUGAGUCCCUGCAAAAUCUGGAGAAGGAAAUUCCUUACCAGGUCUGCAUUCCACAAGGAUGCAGUGUGGAUGUGUCUGUAGGAAUUGACCUCUCUAUUCCCAUGAGGCAAGUUCAGCUGAGGCUUCAACGGUUAUUGCCAAAGCUGAUGCAGGAGCUGGCUGUGCUUUCCAAUAUCAGCAGUGAUGUUACGGGCCAGACCAACGUGAUGCUCUGCUACCAUGGAGCAUCAAAGGGCCAGCUCAUCUUUGACUCAGGAUUUGAAAAGUACAGUGACGAGACCAUUCAGAAGUUCUUGAUUCACCAGGGUGCCAGGAGCAACCAUAUGGAUGUGGAUUUUUUGCAGUCCCUGGUAGAGAGUGCUAUCCAUCUGUCUUCUGCCAAUGUGAAGGUCCUGUUAGUGUUUACAGAUGGACUGGAUGAUGAUCUAGAGAAACUGAAGGAAGCAUCUGAGCUUCUCGGCAGCAAAGGAUUCUCUGGACUCCUGACUAUUGGCCUUGAAGGCCUCCAUAAAUUAGAGGAGCUCCAGGAGCUAGAAUUUGGCAGAGGAUUUGCGUAUAAUCAACCUCUGAGCAUCACACUGCACACCCUUCUGAGCAUCUUACUGAAGCAACUUGACACAAUUGUAGAAAGAACAUGCUGUAAUAGGUAUGCUAAGUGCUUUGGAGAGGACGGGCACAGAGGUGAUGGUGGGAGCCCAGGGGGAAAGGCAUAA